UGUGAGGCGCGGUGCGGCGGGGCGGUGCCGCGGCGCGGGCCGGAGGCGGGCGGCUCGGCCAUGGAGGCGCCCUCGGUGUCCUCGGUGCCGGCCGCCUCCGCCUCGGGGGCGACGGCGGGGCCGACGGGGCGAGGGCCCAUCAAGGGCAUCCUGAAGAAGGGCGGCGGGAAGGCGGCGGGGGGCGGCGCGGCCCCCGGGGCGAGGCGGGCCAGUCCGGCCCGCGACGACGACGAGCACGGAAAAAAAUCCCAGAAGUGGGAUGAAAUGAACAUCAUAGCUACGUACCACCCAGCAGGCAAAGAUUAUGGCUUGAUGAAAAUAGAUGAACCUAGUACUCCGUAUCACAGCAUGGUAGGAGAUGACGAUGAAGAUGCAGUGAGCGAUUCAGAAUCAAAUGAGCCCUUAAAAGCAGAUGUGUUGAGUAAAAAACUCGCAGCUGCAGCUGAAGGUAGGGGACCUAAGAUUAUAGCAAGGCUAGAGGAAAGCAGUGAGGAGGAGGAUGAGGAUGAAGAACUAACACCUGAAGAACGAGAAAAAAAGAAGCAGUUUGAAAUGAAGAGAAAAAUGCACUACAAUGAAGGACGAAACAUCAAACUGGCAAGACAGCUCAUCGCAAAAGAACUACCUGCUGAAGAUGAUGAAGAGAUGUGUGAUGCUGCAGAUGUAGAAACGAUGAAUACAGAAGCUACUGAACAUGGGGAAAGGAGGGCUCCAAUAGGCAACCUUAGGACCUUUCUUCAUGGCUUGAAGCUGCCAUCUCUCUGCACUCUGCUGUAAAACAGAGGCAACUCCGCUCCCCAGCUGCAUUCUCCAGUGGACAGAAGGCACACCUUUGCAGCAUUUUUCCAUCUCUAUUGUUGAAGUCCAUUCCACCUUGCCUCAUAACCAGCUUCUGAAUCACAACUGGUAAUUAUCUAUUUCAGACUGCUCAUGGCCAAUAGGUUCCAUAAAUGUAACUGUUUGGCAGGUUAUCAGUCCAUUAACUAACUGGUUCACCUCUGCCAUGGCUUAUAGAAAUGCUUUCCAUUAACUCCAUGUGGUUCUCAGUUCUUUACUUCUGUUUUUGUAUUAUUCUGCUUAACAAGCCUGGCGAUUCAUUACCUCCUAAUCUCUACAUCACCUAUCCCGGUUUGUGUUCUCUGUACUUGAUCAAUUCUUCUGAGGUUCAAUACUGGUCUCACUCUUGUAGCGGCUAGUGAAUUGAAUGAUAGCGUGCAGGAUUGGUCAAAGGACAAGGGAAUCUGGUCAAAGCUGUCAAUAAGCAACAGUCUUCCAUCACUGCCCACGUUUUAAGCAAUCCCUACAUUGAGAUGAUAAGUGUUCAGUAAUGCAACCAUGUUAAUGCCAAAGUUUUACUGGGAUAACUUUUUGGAGAUGUCUUCAUUAUUCUCUCACCUUUAUUCGGGGGCACAAAAGAAUCUCUCAUAAAUGUUAAUUACAGAUUUUUGAGCUACAGAAUACUUCUGAAAUAGCUGGUUUUAAAAUUUGCUGCUUGGAUUCAUUUCUAAUCUGUACUUUGGUUGUGCUAGGCAAUUGGAUAUUUAAACGGUAUUUUGAUUUAUUCAUUUCCUUCAUGGAAGUGGAUCAAAAUGCUAAUAAUUCUGUUUCUGAAAUUGCCUCCUUAGCACUCUCAGUAUGUUAGGAUGCUCUUGGAUCUUUCUGAAGCUGUGUGGAAAGUGUAAUUCAUCUGGAUAGCUUUCAAAGAGCUCUUCAACUUCAAAUCAUUGUAUUUUAAAGUGCUUUCUUAGCAGAGAAGGAGAGUUUUCUUUAGUGUAUUGGGUGAUACAGGCAAUGACUUGAGCUUAUUUUGUCUUCAGUCUGUUUAAGUGCAGAGGAAAUGUCUUUUACUGCAUGUUGUAUUAGCUACAUUUUGAUAAUUUCUUCCAACUGACUUCAAUUCUUCUGAAGUUAGAGAUCAUCUGGUGAUGUAGCUACCACUCACCUGUUGUGUCUGAGAGCGUAAAUCCACGUAAGUCAGAGCUGGUAUGCAAUGUCUAUUUAUUCCAGUGGAACAGCGUGACUUCCAUAGUACUGAUGAUCGCUUCAGAUACAGAUGUGACAUGCAGUAUCUCGCAGUGGUCUGUUAUAACUCUAGGGCUCCUCUGGCUCCUGCGUUUUUCAGGGGGCAAUCUGAAACCCUCUUGUCACUUGGAAGCUUUUGGUCUGUGAAGAUCCCUUCGAGGUUCUUUGCUUCUCUUAUCCGAUGCUUCUUUCUACCCUCUAAUCCCAUCUGUUUUGUUUUUCAAUAAAGCUAGCAGUAUUCUCCUGAUCUCUGCAAACUCUCCUUUUUGUUAUAUCUGUGCUGAGGAAGUGGCUAAAGAUUUGAGACAAGUUUUUAAGAAGGCUUCUGUCCUUU